AUGCAAGAUUUCAGUCAAUAAUGCAUGCAGAUGAAAGUCACAUGCACGUUUCGUCUUUGUCAUUUUCCGGCAGCAAAUAAUUUGCCCAAAACAAACCAACAAAUAGAAAAAGAAAAAAGAAAAGUCCAAAGAACCAGGCCAGCAGCAACUUUGGCAUGGCCGAGUUGGUGAAGAAAGCGUUAAAGCUCACAAUUUUGUUGUUUGUUGUGAUGGUGCAUUACUCGGAGCAAGUUCUUCCACCACCUUCACAGUCUGGGGCUAUGCAGAACAUCAUGCAGCAGCUGAGAUCCCCGGCAGAGCUAAGCAGCCGAGGCUGGAGCGAGAACUCCGAUUUCUGCAGCAUUGACCCGCCACUCCCGAUCCUAACCCUCGUUUGCUAUGAGGAGAACAUAACGCAGCUUCAUAUCAGCGGUAACACUACUAGCUGCUUCCUGCCCCGAGAUAUCUCCACUUCUGCCCUUUUCUCCAAUCUUCAAGGCCUCCCUGACUUGAAGGUCCUCUCUUUAGUGUCUUUGGGUCUCACAGGCCCUCUGCCCUCAAGCAUUGGGCUUUUAUCUUCUUUGGAGAUUCUGAACAUAAGCUCAAACUGCUUCAGUGGUAGCCUUCCUGUGGAGAUGUCUUCUCUGAAGAGCCUCAGGACACUUGUGUUGGACAAUAACAGGUUCGCAGGUCAGGUCCCUGGAUGGUUAGCUUCACUCCCUGCCUUGACUGUUCUGAGUUUAAGAAAUAACUCUUUCACGGGCAUACUGCCCAAUUCUCUGGCCAGUUUGGAAGCAUUAAGAACCCUUGUUGCUUCUGCAAAUAAUCUGUCGGGGAAUUUGCCGGAUUUUCACAAAUUGAGAAAUCUCCAAGUUGUUGAUUUAGAGGGCAAUGGUUUUGGGCCCAAUUUCCCCAGCCUGCCAACAAAGUUAGUGUCUUUGGUGUUGAGGAAGAACAGGUUCGGGUUUGGGAUAGCAGAUGGAGUAGUCAAGUGUUACCUGUUAAAAAAGAUGGACGUUUCUUUGAAUGAGUUUGUGGGGGCCUUCCCUCCAUCUCUGUUGACAAUGCCAUCGAUUGAUUAUCUUGAUGUUUCUGGUAAUAAACUGACGGGGAAGCUCUUCAAGAACAUGUCAUGUAACCCGGAACUCUGGUAUGUGGGACUGUCAUCGAACCGCUUGACCGGGGAAUUGCCUGAGUGUUUGGAGCCGGGAAAGGGUCACAUAAAGGUUUCAUAUUGGGGCAAUUGUUUGUCAAAUAAUGCAGAACAAUGGCAGCAUGGUUAUGAGUUUUGUCGCAAUGAAGCAAUGGCUGUGGGAGUUGUUCCUAGGAGAAAAGAUGAGGAGAAAAAGGGACGUACUAAAGUGGUCGUCAUCGCGUCGAGUAUCAUAGGGGGGCUUGUUGGAGGGGCGGCGCUCGUUGGAUUGGUGGUUUUCCUUUGUGUAAAAGAGAAAUUGGCUGAGAAGACACCGCGUGUGCGGCAGAUGAUGGAAGACGUGUCGCCCGCGUACACGCUGAAGCUACUAAAUGAUGCCAGGUAUAUUUCUGAAAGCCGGAAGUUGGGACUGCUGCUUGGCUUCCCCCCUUAUCGAACUUUUGGUUUGGAUGAGCUAAGGGAGGCUACUAAUAACUUUGACGCAUCCAAUAUAAUAGCCCAAGGCUCUUGUGGCCAGAUAUACAAAGGCUUGCUAACAGAUGGAACCGUGGUUGCUAUAAGAGCAUUGAAGAUGGUGAAGAAACGUAGCAUCCAACAUUACACUCACCAACUUGAACUCAUCUCCAAAAUCAGGCAUUGCAACUUAGUUAGUGCUAUUGGCCACUCCUUUGAGUAUUAUCAGGAGGAUAGUAAUCAUUCGUGCGUCACCACAAUAUUUCUUGUAUUUGAAUUUGUGCCCAACACAACUUUGAGAGAAGCCAUUUCGGACGGGCAAAAGUUUUCUUGGUCACAGAGGAUGGCGGCUGCGUUAGGGAUAGCAAGGGGAAUCCAGUUUCUUCACACAGGGAUAGUUCCGGGCAUCUUCUCAAAUGAACUCAAGAUAACAAAUAUCUUACUGGCGGAUCAUCACAUCCAUGUCAAAAUCACCAAAUACAAUCUCCCUUUGUUAGCAGCAGCUGAGAAUAAUCAUAAUCAUAAGUGUGAUUUUAAGGAAAAAGAUGAUGUCUAUGGCUUUGGAGUUAUUUUACUUGAAAUGAUAGUGGGGAGGAGAAUCAUAACCGCAAAUGACAUUGAUCUCUCCAAAGACAUAUUAUAUGUAAGCUUAGCAGCUGAUGAGGUAGCACGGCGAAGCAUUGUGGACCCCUCAAUCUGCAAGGAAUGCUGUGACCAGUCGCUGAAAACCAUGAUGGACCUUUGCUUAAGGUGUGUUUCGAACCAUGGUCCAUCCGUGGAGGACCUAAUCUGGAAUGUGCAGUUUGCCGCUCAGCUUCAGGAAUUGUGGCACCGGGCCGGGACUCCAUGAUUCAUUUCAUUAGAGUGAUCGAGUAAUAUAGUGGAAAUAUCCGGGCUUAGCCCCUUUUGCCUUUGACGUUUCAUUUAUGUCCACGUAGAAAAUAUCUUUCAAAUCUAAACUUUAUACUUUUCACUUUAACUUUUGUGAUUUCAUAAAUAGACUAAACCCCAAAAUAAAGUCAAAUUCAAAAAUCAAAAUCCUUAAUUUUCUCUCGGUUCCGUGGCUUCUUCGCUACACCUUGCAUCUUCUCCAACAACUCAAAACCAACUUCUCAUUUUCCAUCGGUCAUAAAAUAGCCGAUUCAGACCGAGUGAAUGAGUUCGCGCGCAUUGGAGAUGGAUGAACUGAAACCGCUCAAUCCAUAGGAUUGCGAAGAGGUCGCACUCUCUCUCUCAUUUCAGGUACCAAUCCCGAUUUCGACUGCACCAAAAGUCUUCCCUAAUUCGGCUCUUGGUCAUGCAACAAGGAGAUCAUUAUGUCAACAAGUGUAAGAUAAAAAUGAGCUUGUGGUUAUAGUUCCACUUGAUUCGAGAUUAAGUCAAACGAUGAUUUGAAGAUAGCAUUGUUGGUCAAGACAUCAAUCAGGCUCAUAGGGUUUUCAAUCAAAUCGUCUCCCGGGGAAGCAAGAUGAGUUGGCUCUUGUUGUUGGGUUUUUCUUCAGUCCUAGCUAGCUAAUGGAGUGAUACCACUACUAUUGUUUUAUUGUUGCUUCCAAUAAUGAAUGUAGAAAAAUAAGUUGAAUAUGGAUUCAUUGAAUACUUUUGUGUGUUGAAAUUGUUUUGUUUUUGUUUUGUUGCAUAUAUAUUUGGUUUCAUCGUGUU